AUGUUUAAAGAAAGGGGCUACCCAAAUGAAUUUAUAGAGAAGAUAGAACAAGAGGUUAUAGACGGGAGACAGGAUAGGUUUAAGCCCAUCUUAGGUGACACAGCAGGAUUAAGAAUGGGAAAGGUUAAAUUAGUUAAUAACGAAGGCGAAGAAAAUUUUGUGACUGACUUUAAUGGAGAUGCUGUUUGGUUAAGGAAAACCUUAGAGGAAGAAUGGACUAGGUUUGGGCAAAUAUCUGACCUGGAAGUCUCCGAAGGGGACAGAAGUUUAACGUAUGAUUAUAAUGUUAGAAUGUUGGAUGAAUUGUUGUUUAAAUAUAAAAAUAUGGAGAUUGAAAAUGCAUACCUAAAGGAAUGUCUUAAACUAAAAAUUGUACCAAAAGGCUUAAGAGUGUACAAGUACCCCAAUAAAGUAAAGGAGGGGACUGAAUUCCAUAAGGAAUUACUACAAAUAUUUGACAACUGUGGAUUUGAAAUAAUUAAAGCUAUUAUGAAAGAAAAUGAGAAGGAUAUGGAAUGUAUAUAUGGUAAGAUGGAUGAGAUUAAUCAUAAAAUUACAAAUGAUCUCAUGUUCUCUAUUGAAGAUGGUAAAAGAAAAUAUUAUGAGAUAUUAAAUAAAAUUGAAGGCAAAAUAAAAAAUGUAUAUGAAAGGAAAAGUAGGAAAAUAAAGAGAGAUGUCAAAGAAUACAAAGACAAAGUAAAUUAUCCAAAACCUAAGGAAUAUUUUAGAAAUAGGAAUAAUUAUGCCUAUGAGGAAGAAUGGGGACAGGGAGACCUUCCGGAUGUAGAAGUACAGGAAAUGGGUAAAGAAGCAUAUAAUAUAAAUGACCCUUUUGCAUUUCCCCCUUUAAGAAGAUCGUUCACCAGUUUUGAUAUUCAUGUUUUUAAAAAACGAUUCCACAUACGUGUAUACAGAGAUAUGCUAGCUGUGAUAUUUGCAAUUAGUGAAAUCAAUCAAAAUGACCGAAUACUGCCAAAUAUCAGCAUGGGUUUCAGAAUUUAUGAUUCUUGCUAUUCAGAGAUAAAAGCUUUGCAAAGUGCUUUGUACCUGUUAUCAGGGAAGGAGAGUGCAGUGCCAAAUUACAGAUGCCAGUCAUUCCCAUUCUUGUUAGGAAUAAUUGGAGAUGUGGCAUCAUCACUGUCUAUCACACUGGCAAGGCUGCUGGGGCUACAUAGAUUUCCUCAGAUCAGUCAUGGAGCAGUACAUUCUAUAUUAAGUAAUAAGCUUGACUUCUCUUCUUUUCUGCGUACCAUUCCUGGCAUCAGAUUUCAAGACUAUGCUUUAGCUCAACUGGCUUAUUAUUUUAGAUGGACUUGGAUUGGAAUUCUAACAUCAGACAAUGACAUAGGAGAAACCAGUACUCAGAACUUGAAAAAUGAGAUCCAGAAAAAUGGUGCCUGUGUUGCAUUCAUAGAAAUAAUGCAUGUACUUUAUUCCAAGCAAAGAGUUCAUAAAAUUGUUGAACUCGUCAUAAAAUCCUCUGCAAACAUAGUGAUCAUUAACAGUGAUGAAGUGCAUGCAAAAGCCACCCUGGAUGCUCUUUAUGCAAUUAAUGUAACAGGAAAAACUUUCAUUCUCAGUGGACUUUGUACUAUGACACCAGGUUAUUUUACCAAAGAGACAUGGACCUUGUUAAAUGGAACUUUAGGCUUGGCUCCAUCUACAACAGACAUGCCUGGUUUCAGGCAUUUUCUGUAUAAUUUAAAACCUUCCUCAUCCCCAAAAGAUAUUUUCAUCAGAACUUUUUGGAAGGUGUACUUUGGGUGUGAUUGGGCAAUAGGAAACAUUUCUCAAACUGCAGUUUCUGAAACAGUGAGUGAUGAACGAACAUACUGCACAGGUGCAGAGAGCAUAAACAAUCUUAGUUCCGAUUUAUUUGAGCUAAAUGAUUUGAGUUACACCUUUCAUGCUUAUCUUGCAGUAUAUGCAUUUGCACAUGCCUUUAGUGACAUCAUUGACUGCAAACCGGGAUAUGGGCCAUUCCUUAACGGAUCUUGCUCCAGUAUUCAGGAUCUCCUUCCCUGGCAGGUGUUUCACUAUGUAAAACAUGUCAAAUUCCAUACUGAUUCUGGUGAUGAGAUAAUUUUUGAUGUGAAUGGAGAUGCCUUAAUGAUUUAUGAUAUUAUAAAUGUGCAAAUACCAAAAAUGGAUGUUUACAAAUUUAUUAAAAUAGGCAGAAUCAACCCCAGGAAUCCAAAAGGAAAUGAAAUUUCAAUCAAUACCAGUGCUGUUUUAUGGACUGAAGGAUACAACCAGAUCCCCCGUUCUGUUUGUAGUGGAAGCUGUCCUGUGGGAUACAGAAAAAGUGUAAGAGAGGGACAGCCAGCCUGUUGCUUUGACUGCUCUCCUUGCUCUGCAGGUGAAAUCACAAACCAGACAGAUGCAAAUGACUGUGUGAUGUGUCAAGAAAACCAGUGGACAAAUGACAGACGUGAUAAGUGUGUUCCAAAAACCUUUGAGUUUCUAGCCUAUGAGGAACCCCUAACCAUAGUUUUGAUUGCCAUUGUAUGUUUUCUUUGUUUUACUACAGUUUCCAUUUUCUGUAUCUUCAUAAAGUAUAGGGACACUCCAAUAGUCAAAGCUAACAAUCAAGUCCUCAGCUACCUUCUCCUGCUCUCACUCAAGCUGUGCUUUCUUUGCUCCUUACUGUUCAUUGGACGUCCAUGGAAAGUGACAUGCAUGCUCCGCCAGACUGUGUUUGGCAUUACUUUUUCUAUUUGUUUAGCUUCUGUUUUGGCUAAAACUAUCACAGUUGUUAUUGCUUUCAAAGUUAAAAAUCCAAACAGUAAAUUAAGGAAGUGGAUGGGAGUCAAGAUACCUUAUUUUAUUAUUCUGUGUUGCUCCACUGUGCAAGUUAUUUUGUGUGCGAUUUGGUUGUAUGUAUCACCACCAUUUCCUAAAAUGGAUAUUCAUUCACCAUCUAGACAAAUAAUACUUGAAUGUAAUGAAGGCCAAACAUCAUUUUUCUACUGUAUGCUUGGAUAUAUGGGCUUUUUAGCAACUGUGUGUUUCACAGUUGCCUUCCUAGCAAGGGUAUUGCCUGACAGUUUUAAUGAAGCCAAACAUAUCACUUUCAGCAUGUUGGUUUUUGUCAGCGUCUGGCUUUCCUUCAUUCCAGCAUACCUGAGCACAAAGGGAAAAUAUAUGGUUGCUGUUGAGAUAUUUGCAAUUUUGUCCUCUAGUGCUGGAUUACUUAUUUGUAUAUUUUCAUUCAAAUGCUACAUUAUUUUGCUGCGACCUCACCUGAACACUAAACAACAUUUAAUUGGCAAAAAGACAUUUUUGCAUGCUGAAAAAUAA